AUGUCACAGCACGAAGCUCCAAACCCAGGUCCAUGGGCCUUGUCAGAGCUUCUGGGACAAAGGAGACUUCUUGGUUUUGGGAUGUUCCUGGGCUGGAUGAUACUUUUUCACUUAUUGGUGAAUGUGUGGCUUCUUUGUCUGUUCACAAGUCUGCUGGUGGUAUUGGGUGGUUGGUUAGGCUCUCAGGCUGUCCUGGACUCUAAAAGCGUUGUUCACCUGGAACGUUUUGUACGACUAGAGAGGAUCCCUCCCUCAGCAGAGAGUGAACAACAACUGGACCAUGAGAUCCACAAUACAGUUUGCAAGAUCAUUAGAGACUUUGUGUCCUCAUGGUACAGCACUGUGUCAUCAGAACGUGAGUUUGAGAUUGAAGUUCAAAAUGCCAUGGUUUCUAUGGCAAUGGAGUUGAAAGUCAGGGCAAGGAGAAUAGAUAGGAAACGUUUAACCCAGAGAGUGUUGAAUCUGUGUGGAUGCCACCUUCAUAGUUAUUUAAAGGCAAAGGAACUUAUGGUAGAGUUGGAAAAACAAGGCUGUGAUGAGAACACAAAUGGGAGCCUUUGGAAAGUAUAUAGUAAAUCGUGCACACCUCACCCAGCUCUCAAAAGCUCUGCCGCGGAGAUCAAUUAUGCCAGAGCCAUUGUUGAUUUACUUUUGCACGUCCUUGUCCCUGUGCCUCACCUUGAAACCAGGACAGGAAGGUUUGUGGUGGGAGAGCUAAUCACGUGCAAUGUCCUUUUGCCACUCAUUUCUAAGCUGUCUGACCCUGAUUGGUUGAACAUGUUGAUUGUUGAUUCCUUCACAAAGUCCAGUGAGCCAGCCUCAAAGGCAAUAGCACCAGUGGAAACUCCACCCCCUGCACCACCACCCUUACCACUACCACCACAACUGGUAGUAUGUCAGGAAGAGACCCAACGGAAUCUUGAAAUCCCCUCUUCUCUACCUUUAAAAGUCAAGCCUGACAAACCAGUUGGAACGGAGGGUCUGACUCCUGAAUUGGCUGCUUAUGAUGUGAUUGAUGCCACAGAACUGUAUUGCCCACCGAAUGUGGAGGAGGAGCCAAAACAGACCAAACCAUUUACCAUACCAAAUCCAGGUUGCAUCUCAAGAGACUAUCUCAGACCCGGCAAGUCCAAUCCAUUCUACCAAGAAACUGACUCUGACUUGGACUCUCCUCUGAUUGAUUUUAAGAAGAGCUCAAUGGAAUCUCUGGUUCUCAUAGGUUCAGAGGAGGUUCUGACAGGCAGACUUACAGAAUGUCCAACUCCAACAGAUAGUGUUUUGGACCUGGAAGAUGAGGUCCCAGGCUAUUCCAACCUAACAGGAGCGUCUUGUCCAAAGCUACCGGUCUCAGAGCAGCAAUACCAGACCGAUGUCAUUGCAGACACGCCUGCGCUGAUAGAGGAACCAUCAUCAAGCCUCAGUAGUAUCAGUGAACCCGACAGGGUAAACACAAAUGCAGAAAAAGAGAUGAUGGGUGUGGAACAGUCUGGGCCCGGAAACCCCAAUGAACUGUCUGUGACAACUCCCCUUCAGACGUCUUCGCCUACCGCAGGGGUGAUGUCACUGUCCAGUUUCAACUUUGAGCCCCUCAACAGCCCAGAAGGCCCAGUUAUCAUUCAGAACCUCCGCAUCACAGGAACCAUUACAGCUAAGGAGCACAGGGGCACAGGCUCACAUCCCUACACUCUCUACACAGUCAAAUAUGAAACAGCUGUAGACUCAGACAACCCUGGAUCCUUGCAACCGGUCGCUUAUCACAUGGUCAAUCGACGAUACAGUGAAUUCCUCAACCUACAGACUCGUUUGGAGGAGAAACCAGAAUUGCGAAAAAUACUUAAAAAUGUUAAAGGACCAAAGAAAAUUUUCCCUGACCUUCCAUUUGGGAACAUGGAUAGUGACAAAGUUGAGGCCAGGAAAAGUUUACUGGAGACAUUCCUCAAGCAACUCUGUGCCAUACCUGAAACUGCCAACAGCGAAGAAAUGCAAGAGUUCCUCGCUCUGAAUACCGACGCGAGAAUCGCGUUUGUGAAGAAGCCAUUCAUUGUGUCACGCAUAGACAAGAUUGUGGUGAAUGCUAUAGUAGACACACUGAAGACAGCCUUCCCUCGCUCAGAGCCACAGAGCCCCACUGAUGACAUGGACACUGAGCCUGAUGGGAAAGCCACAUGUGAUAAGAAAUCCAAAUCCAGAAUGAGAUUCUCGAGCAAAAUAGCCCCUGCUCUUAAUGUUUCAGACAUGAAACCCAAGGUGUUGUACUGCUUCGAUGAGGGAAGCACUGUUUUUAACGGCCUCUCAAUGAGUGGGCUUGAGAACUUUAUUGCAGAGCAGGAGCGUCUUACAAGUAGGACAGCAGUGCGGGAUGCCAGUGGGGAGAGAGAGGGGAUUCUGUCAUCCAGAGCAGAGCUGGAGACCUGCGGAUGUCCAAGAAAUGAUCCACUCACCCAAAACUCAAUGACAGAGAUGGUGCUGGCCGACACUGUCCUGGAUAUCUUGUGUCUGCUGAUGAAGGAUCAGUGGGGCUGGUUGUGCACAGAGAACAUCCAGAAAAGCAUCAGACUUCUAUUCGGAACCCUUAUUGACAGGUGGCUGGAGGUGGGCUUGGCAAACCUUACGAGUAUGCAGUACUGGGUUUUCUAUCUACGGGUAGUGCAGGAGGCCAUUUGGCCUGGGGGCAAUCUGCCAACUCAUCCAAGACCUGAGCGCAGCCAGCAGCUGAAAGAAGAGACCAAGCAACAGUGUUUACAGUGUCUGAUGAAACUGCUUCCAGAUCUUGUCACUGAUGUGUUGGGCUCGGAGAAAUACAGAAACUCUUGGCAGAUUGUGUUGGAGUCUCUACAGGACCCCUCUGUAAACAGACAUCUUGUGUACAGUAUCUGGGAUCUGCUGCUUGAGUUCCUCGUUCCGGAAGUGUCUGAUGAAGACUUUCAAAAAACCCUGCUACAGAGCCUAUCAAAAAACGCAGAGAAGCUACCACCAUAGUAGCUCUUGGGAACACACAUACACACACACACACACACACACACACACACGCAAAUGUUUCUACGUGCACAGCUGUUUAAUGCACUUAAACAGUGGAAAGGUAUGGUCAAAUGAAUUAGACAGAACUGUGACCCCUCGUUGAGAUUUGAGUUUUGGAUGCAAGCACCUCUUGGGUCUGAGUCCAAUUUGGAUGUUUUUUUGAGGUCUCAAACAUAAUACACAUACAAGCCAACUUUGAUUAGCAGGCACCUGUUUUGUGUUUAUCAAAACACAAAUCCCCCACGUACCGGAUCUGAAUUUAGUGGAGACUUGUUUGCUUAAUCCCUUAUCCACCUUGUUCCUGUUUCAGCUUUGAGUAAACUCAUCUCAGAUGGGCUUGACACAAGCGUAACCGCUCUUUGGUUUAUCACAGACAAUAGUGUACAUGGUGCAACUUAAUGUUGGCAGACAGA